AAAGGAGGGACGUAUCCGACUGCGCCAUCCAGCAGAGGUGGACCACGGGCGAUGCAUCUCGCCGGCGACCACGAGACUACAAGGUUGUGAUUCAGACAGGAUGACGGGCUGCCGCCGGCGCCGCUUGAGUACAGAGCCCACACCGCCUACGCUCGGCGCUCAGUUUCACGCCCACCGGCAACCGCUGGGGAAACGGGCAGAUGGCAGGAGUUUAAGACACCGUUGCCGCCACGGCCAUAACCUUGGGCUUCUCCGUGAUCCAAUUCCAAUAUCUACCCCGCAAUACCUAGGCAGGAAAUUCUACAAUUGGAGAUUAGAAGGUUUGUUCUAAAGUGGAGAACAAGCUAUGCGCCUUUUAGCGAACUUUUAUAUGUUUUCAUACUUUUGCUCUUCGAACAUGAACCUUGGAAAAUUUCAGAAAAUUGUUACUAAGUUACGCUUCAUGUAUGACAAAUUGUCAUUGAGAAGAGAUACACUUAUCUCAAAGAAGUAUUAUGUUAGGUUUACCAUUUCGUAUGAAUAUAUAUACUUCUUUAAGGAAA